GGCGGGCGGGGCCUUCCCGGGCUCGGCCGCGCCGCCGCCUUCUCCGCCUCCUCCUGCUCACCAGCGCUAAACCCGGGACAGGACCGAGCGGAGUUGUGCGCGUUGCCGAAGGGGGUGGGUCGGGGGAGGGGAGAUUCGUUCCGCGGAGCCGCAGCCAGAACCGGGACCAGGAAUCACCUUUAGGCCAGCCUGGUGAAACUUUGGCAGAAAUUAAGGACGCAGACAUCGCUUUUAAUUUUCUCUUUGCUGUUGGGUUCUGAAAAAAAUCUACUGACUCUUCUGUUGUUUUAAGAUACUGCGUUUUCAACAAUGUCGAGACAAGACCGACCCUCCACCAACAAAAAGAUGACUUGCUGAAGGCUCAGGUGCUCUGGCAUGGAUAAAUGCUCAAUGGGAGGAUUACACUUGACUGAACAGACUCCUGUUUUAUUAGAGAGUAAAAUGAUGGCAGCUAGUCUCAUGGACGUAGGAAAUUCAUUUGGUGGCUCAACUAGUCCUUUAGUCAGUAGAUCUAGAAACUCAUCGGUGGAGGAGGAUGACGAUGAUGUUGUAUUUAUUGAAUCUAUACAACCUCCAAUUUCUGCUCCAGCAAUAGCUGAUCAAAGAAAUUUUACAUAUACUUCAUCAAGAAAUGAAAAGCUACAAGGAAACUAUUCCACAAUUCUUCCUUCCACAAGAGAUUUGGCUUCUCAGAACGGAAAUAUAAGUGAGACAAUUGUUAUUGAUGAUGAAGAGGACAUAGAAACAAAUGGAGAGGAAAAGAAAAAUUCUUCCAGUUUUAAUGAAUGUGGACUUCCUGAAACUAAAAACAGAACCAAAGAUUUGGAUUUCUCCACUUCCAGUCUUUCAAGAAGUAAGACCAAGACUGGAGUAGGACCUUUUAAUCCUGGUAGAAUGAAUGUGGCAGGAGAUGAAUUUCAGAAUGGAGGACUUGCAACUCACCAUAGUCCUGAUUCUUGGAUCUCCCAGUCAGCAUCAUUUCCCCGUAAUCAGAAACAGCCAGGGGUGGAUUCUUUAUCACCAGUGGCCUCGCUUCCUAAACAGAUUUACCAGCCUUCAGCCCAACAGCAACCCACCAAACCAGUUAAAAUCACUUGUGCAAACUGCAAAAAGCCUUUACAGAAAGGACAGACAGCUUAUCAACGAAAAGGAUCGGCUCACCUCUUUUGUUCUACCAGCUGCCUUUCCUCCUUCUCUCACAAGCGUCCUCCAAAGAAACGCAAUGUACUGUGUAAAAAAGAUGCACCUACAAAAAAGGCUUCUGUUGUUCCUCCAGUGGGCUGGAGCGAGUCCUUCCAAGAACUCCGUAGCAUGUCCUGUGUGUCCCCCUAUGAGAACAGCCAGAAUACCAGAAAAAGAGUUCUGAACAAGUCAAGAUGUACCAUCUGUAGUAAAUUAACAGAGAUUCGCCAUGAAGUCAGCGUUAAUAAUGUAACUCAUAAGCUGUGCAGUAACCACUGCUUUAAUAGAUACCGAAUGGCCAAUGGUCUGAUAAUGAAUUGCUGUGAACAGUGUGGAGAGUACCUGCCCAGCAAAGGUGCCGGGAACAGUGUCCUGGUGGUUGAUGGUCCGCAGAAGCAAUUCUGCUGCCAGAGUUGUGUUAAUGAAUAUACACAGAUGCUGGAAAAAAAAUCAAAAAAAUUAUUAGUGUCAGAAAACAGAAAAAGGAAUGCUGUUAGGAGAGAAAAUGAAAGAUUGUUGAAUACACUUUUGGAAAAAAUGGAGGGAAUACCAGAAAAACAGGAAAAGACUUCAGCGCUACAGGUUUCAGCAGAAUGUAGCACAGAUUCAUCACUGAUGGAACAGGAUGUGAAUGGACCUUCUGUGUCCACCAUAGCUGAUACAUUUCAAGAGCAAUUGGAAGAGAAAACGUCAGAAGACUCCACUAGAGCAGUUAUACUUUCUGCAGAUCCAGGUACAUGGCCCCGAAUUUUGAAUAUAAAACAACGGGACAUUCUUGUCAAAAAUGAUCCACCUCAAGUAAGAAAUUUUAACUUUCCAAAAGACAAUACAGGAAGGAAGUUUUCAGAAACCUAUUAUACACGAAUUCUUCCAAAUGGUGAAAAAAACCCUAGAUCUUGGUUACUUUAUUCGACCUCAAAAGAUUCUGUGUUUUGUCUAUAUUGCAAACUCUUUGGGGAAGGAAAAAAUCAACUGCGGAAUGAGAAUGGGUGCAAAGAUUGGCAGCAUUUAUCACAUAUUCUUAGCAAACAUGAAGAAAGUGAAAUGCACAUUAACAAUGGUGUUAAGUAUUCAAAAUUAAAAUCUGACUUGAAAACAAACGAAAUUGUUGGAGCAGCAGAACACAGAUUACAGGAGAAUGAGAAAAGUGGUAGUGUGCUGUUGUACACAUGAUACACCUGGCAGGGUCCUACGUUUCCUCGGGGACCUGUAUCCUGACAGACAGUCAGUACCAUUUGUGUCGUGAGGGUCCUCUACAGAGUAACGCUCAACAGUUCACUGGCAAUUAAGUAUUAUAUCAUCGCAAAUAAAUCGUAAAGAAUAUUUUUGUUCCAAAUUCUAAAGCUGGUUGGAGUUCAUAGUGGUUAGCACAGGUUUCAAUAGAGGCAAUUGUUAAUUUUUUUCAGUCUGUCAAUUCGUAUCUUUUGAAAUUGGCUUUUGACAGCUUCGCUUAAUUUUCUGUUCUGAUUACCUUGAACGAGGAAGAGAAAGGCUUAAAUUUAUCAAUACCACUUUGAACAAGAUACUUAUGUGAAGAAGUAUUCUCAUCAUUAUUAAAGUAAAAACAUUCAGAAACAGUUUAAGAACAAAAUGGGAUAUGAAACUGCAGCUUUUUGCUAUUAAACCAAAUACUUGUGAUGUAUUUCUUUCGGGCAGAACAUCACUAUUUGAGCAAAACAGCAUCAUUUAUUAAAUAAAUUUUUAAGGUGGCUAGUUUGCAUUUUAUUGGUUUUGUUUUAAUCUGUAAAUGUUUUAGCUUUUAUUGUUAUGUGAAAAUUAUGAGCAUAAAGUGUAUACCUAUUUUCAUGUUG